AUGAGGCUGAAGGUGCUUUAUACGUUUGAUGAUGCCAGUAAGACGAAUUGCUUGGCUCGAUGGCCCCAUCUCCUCGACAUUCAGACCGCCGCCUUGGACGAGAAAACUCAUGUUGGGGUGAUCGAGUUGAAGACGUGUAUUCAAGCCAUUGUCUCUGCUAGUCCGGAAUUGGUGGCCCAACUAGGACAGGAUUACACGGUAUAUGCUUACGACUACUCGGAAUAUGAGACGCCCCUGGUCGGACAAGGCAUGCUAUCAUGGCUUCUGGCCUCCGCCUCCCCCACGCCCAACGCACCCGCACAUCAAUCGAAGACGAUGGUAACGGGUCGAGUUUGCAAAAGUGUGCUCGGUCUGUUCUCGAAGGGUGCUCAGGAGACUCUUGAGGUCAAAUUGCGGCUGGUACCGGUCCCCUCGGUUAUGCAGAACGAGUACCUCGACAGUAUGCAGAAGUAUCGGGAAAUUAGCAACAUGCCGCGGGAUAUCGAUACGCAAUCUUGGAACAACUUUAUCCGUCAAAAUUCGAAUAUGAUGGCUGCCUCGGGCCGGACGUCAUCGCCCAUGGAUCACUCUGGAAUUGAACGCUUCCACCAGCUUCUUAGCGAGGGGUCCACCCCAAGAGAAUUUCCGGUUGCUACGAACGGAUCCUAUCGAUCAGUGUCGCCCGCCCAGUCAGCCGUGGCGCAGAUGAGCAGGGUCUCUACUCCCCUCGGCCAACAACAUCCAUCGUUCCAACAGGACCAACAUCCCGUGCAUCAGACGGAAAGAAUGCAGGGAGACAUGAUCCGUCCUUCGUCUAGCGCUUCUAUGCGUGACGCCGACUUUGCUGCCCAUGCACGCUAUGCCAGUCGCCGGGGAUCCAUUCAAUCGGGCUACGGUAGCUGUGAAGAAUCCACAGAAACCCAACCUCGCAAGCGGGCCAAGCUAUACCGAGCGGACGGGCCUGGCAAGUCGGAACUGAACAUCGAAAGACAGCCCAGCUCUCUACGGGUGGCUGCCAGCACGGCCGCCUCUGUUCGAAUCCACCGUCCCACCCCAAUCAACCCCUCCAUUGCGGCUGCUCAGAACUCGAAUGAAGAGCCCGUGCGCCCUCCCACUCCUAUCUCCGGUGCAAACGAUUUCCCCCGUCGAUCGCGUCCACCUCCGAGUCUUUUGCGCGAAUCAUCUGUUCAGAGCACAAACCACUACACAUCGCCCUACCCUACGAGUGACGAUCAGACUCCCUUCGAGCCGCCCUCACACUCACCAGAGGAAUCCCGGUAUCAGGGUCUCUUUGAGCCUUCGUUCAGUAUGCCGUCGUCCCCUCCCGUUUUAGAUUGCGGAUUUCCGAGCCGUUCGAGUCCCGUGCUUCCACCGAUGAUCACUGAUCCCGACUCUGGUUUCAUGAGUGGGGGUAUUGACGAACUCAUGGACGAAGAUAUUGGUACACCAUUGGACGAAUGCGUACGAUCAGCAUCUAAAAACGCACCAAAAGAGAAACGAACCGUUCGUCAAGCUGUCCAAGCCAGCUCCCCCGCGAGUGCGCCGCCGAAUGUUGAAGCUCAAAACGAAAACAAUCAUCCAGAUAAUUCUACAAAGGACGCCAUCUCUGCACUUCCUCGCCCCCCUGCCAGUGCUGCAGGCUCGAGACCGUCUUCGCGGGCGAGUUUCCGGCAGGCACCUAAGCCACUGGCCCCUGCUCCUAUUUCACAGAGCGAGCUGGAACAGCUUAUCAGUGCGAUACCCGCCAGUGACCCCGUCAUGCCCUCCCACGCCAACAAUCACCCUCAAGGACAGAACUCCCAGUCCUGGAACGGUCCAAUGAGUGAUAUCCCUACCGCCGAGACGCCAGCUGCACAACCCGUGAAUGCUGAGGAUAGGAAGAUUCGCAGUGGGGCCGGAGCCAGACGACACAAGCAGGUUCAAGCCCGUCUGGACAAGUGUAUCCGCGACGGUCAAGCACCGCCUUUCUGUGAGAACUGCGGUGUCAUUGAGACGCCUACUUGGCGCAGGGCUUGGUCCAAGGAAAUCGAGGGCAGCGAGCAGGAAGCCAACGAACUCAAUAAAGACCCGACCAUCUUCUUUUGGCAGGCGCUAAAGAGAGAUGACCAAGAUAAGGUCACGAAAUUCAAAUUUUACAAGAAGAGCUUGGUGGACGCCGACAAGGGUUUUGUUCAAGUCCUUCUUUGUAACCCCUGUGGACUUUGGCUUCAUAAGUUCAAGUGCAUGCGCCCGGAAAAUAAAUGGAACAAGGCCUCCAACAACAAAAGGAAGCGCCCCCCAAGGAACCGCAAGACUGGUGGCCCGCUCUCGACCAACGGUACGGCGACGAGAAGCCACAAAGAAUCCGCCAAAACGGACGGAUCCUCUCCUGGAGCCUCUGAUGCCUCGACGCCAGCGAACGAAGAUCCCGCGACCCCGCGCGCAGAGGAUGGUAGCAACGAGAAGACUGGCAGCACCGAGAAAAACACCCAGGCGAAUGACGAUGAUGACGUCGAAGAGCUGCCCUCGAAGCGACGCCGAGCCACCAGCCUAGAACCCCGGAAAUCCACGGAUACUUCGGGAAAUCGCUGGCAAGAACAGAAUGCAAUGGGCGCACUUCGGCGGGCCAUCCAGUCUAGUCCAGCUCGGAAUCUUGAAAACCACAGUUCUGCAGCGCUGGGUGAGAAAACUCUGACUCCCAAGCCCGUGAGGAGAGUACUGUUUCCUAACUCCCAAAAUGAGGGAGGGCCUUUGAAAGCUUUAGGCGAGUCAGCUCUGAACAGCCCGCGCCGCAGCCCUCGCAUUGCGUCUCGUGAAUCAGACAAGCGCCCUCAGGACAAAGAAAACGGCGGCGGCAGCAAUUCGGCUGACCUUGAUGGCCUGUUUGAGAGUCCCUCCUUCGAGUUUGAUCUGCCUACCAGUCCUACCCCCAGAAGACGCAAUCCUCGCGCAGGCGUUCUGAGUGAAAAGCGUCUUUCCCUGCCGUACAACUCGCCUUCGUCAUCGAAAGGACGCAGAGACAUCGGUUCGGAUCUGUCACCGACUAAGCUGACUGCGCAAAGAUUGCAGCGCAUUCAGAGCAGCCCGGCGUCGUCCACCCCGCGUCAGGGCCGAACGCCCAAGCAGUCUCGCUCGCAAAUGCCCGAUCUGUCUUCUCUGCCGGACGAUGCGUUCGGGACCGAGGCAUUCGAGGGGAUGAACAGCGUUGUUGAUAUCUUCUCUGAGGAUACUGCGUCGGCGGUGCACACCGAUUCUCUGUUUGCUUUCGAGGCGUCCAAAUGUCCAUCCAGCAGCAACUGGGCCGACUGGUUUCCGUCGGACUACGUCUCUCCGGCCGGUUCUGACGAAGAUCAGAAUGCGGACCUGAUCAGCGCGAUUCUCUCCGAUUCCGGGAUGGGCAAAGAGAACGUCGACAGUUCUCAAUUUGAUAUCUUUGAUUAUGCCGAUUCAAAUCUCCUGGAUUCUGGCUUUUUCGGAUCCGAUGCCCUCAACGCCGAUUUGAUCGCUUUGGGAGUGAAGCCCAAGCCAUCAGCCGAGGAAUCGACCGAUAAGGAACAAAACUCCAGUGCGAAUAAUGCCUGA